CAUAAAGAUUCAAAAUGAGAAAUACAUAAUAUUUUAUAUUUAUUUGCGAAAAUAGCAAUAACUAAUAAGAUAUUUUAUAAAUGAAUAGAUAUAAGUAUAGAAUAUUUAGAACUUUACUUUACCGUGAAUAAUAUUUGCGUUUAAAAAAAAAUUGCACAUUAUAAUACUAUAUUAUAUAAAAAUAGAAAGUAGUAAUUGAAUAUCAACAUUUUAAUGUCUUCUUCAUUUUGAAGCUUUUAUAUAUUAGAACCACCUCCACAAAUAAAUUAAGAUUGAGAAUAUAGGCCAUCGCAAUUUCAUAAAUAUGAACGAAAAUAAAUCUACAGAGAAUCUAAAACAUUUCAAAAAAGUACCUAUAUAUGUAGUGGAAGAACAUAACGAUGCUUUACAGUUUAUAUAUUCGGCAAUCGGUGGAAAGAAAUUACCCUUAGAAGGAACAACUUUAUUGCACUUAGAUGCUCAUCCAGACAUGCUUAUUGAUCGUAAAUUAAAAGGAGAGGAAGCAAGGGCAGGGAGGAAAGUUUUGCAAUUAUUACAAAUAGAAAAUUGGAUUGUGCCAGCGGCAGCCGCCGGACAUAUAAAACGCGUGGUUUGGAUUAGACCACCGUGGGCGAAUCAAUUUACCGAUGGCUCACGGUUUAUCCACGUUGGAGACCACCCCGUCACAGGCUUUCUCCGAGUAGAUUGUAAAGAAAAUUACUAUUUGUCUGAUGCAUUAUAUUCGUCACAGCUUGUGAACAAAAGAAAGUUUAUGCUGACAGUCGCCGAACUAAGUAAUGGUGCAGAUUGUAAAAUAGAGCAAUUAAGUAAUCAGUUGACUAUCGACGUCCCAUUUGUUCUCGACAUCGAUCUAGAUUUUUUCAGUACAGCAAAUCCAUUCCUUAAUAUAUAUGAAAGUAUAGGACUGUAUGAUAUGUUGGAAGAUAUAUUCCGAUUCGAUUUGCCUGAAAAUGAUGACGUUGAAACCUUAGAAUUAAUUAUGCAGUCACGUGAACAACAAUUGCAAGAACUAGAAGAUAUGUUUUUGUAUUUAGAAGAGCAUGGCAAUUUAACGGAAUAUAAAGGACUUAAAUCACAACAUUAUCAUAAGGUAUGUAAUUUAGUUCCUGUCAUAAUAAAAGAAGCCGAGAGAUUAGGUGAACAUCCCGACUGGUGGGCUGUGUUCGCGGGAGGCUGUACUAGAGAUCAAGGAGGGCUCCCUCAUCACAUUAGCACUGAGAGUGAAAUCAAAAAUACCAUUGAAAAUUGUCUAAAACCGUUUUUGGAACGACUACCGAAACCAGUAUUGAUAACUUUGGCCAGGUCUACUGAUGAUGGAUAUUGUCCUCCUAAACAAGUAGACUUUAUACAAUCACAUGUUUUGCGUAUACUCAAAGAAAUCUACGAUAGUGAAGAACCGGUCUUACAAUAUCUACAAGGGGAAACAAAAUAAUAAAAUUAUCGUUAUAUGUUAGCGUUUAUGUUGUUCAAUUAUGAAGUAAGAUUAAAGUGCCAUUUUUUAAAC